UACCUUCAACCUACAGGUUGAACAAACUAGCAGCUUCUGGGGCAGCUUUACUCACCUGAACUUGUGGUCUUGCAGGUUUUAAGCAAGAGAGAAAGUAAACUCGUAUGGACGACUAGUGUGUUCUGUUUUCGUGCAUCGUCAUUUUGUAUCGUUGUGUAGACGCGAGAGUUUUGUUGUUACAAAUGAAAACGAUCUUUUGUGUUUAUUUACUAACAAUGUUCGAACUAUUUCUUAUUCCAAAAGUGAGCACCUAUGAUCCCAACGACCAGAACAUCGCUUCCGUAUUGCCACCCGAAGGAAUGUUUGAAGCUUUUUAUCCAAGAGAAGUCGAUGGAGUACCGAAUGGAUCAUCGCGCCCAGCUCAUGCUCAUGGCAGUUUCUUCAAGCACCGGAAUCCAGCUUUAGUUGACACAAAGAACUCUGCAGCGUAUGGAUAUCGUUUUGAUGGGAAAAGACGUUUUAACUUCGACUAAAUCCCGACUAAAUUUUCAAGUGAAAGUGCAGGUUGUGAAAUAUAUGAUACGUACUUGUUGACAAUCAA